GCGACGACGGCUCGGUGUUGGAAAGGGACGCAGUGAAGCUGGCCUCGGCUCUGGUACGAUUCAUGUUCAUGUUGGACACGUUGUUUUAAUGUUUGGUAAUUGCACAAGUUCCGGAUGAGUCUUUGUCGUCUAACACCUCAGCACUCGUUUGACUGAUUUCCAUGUCUUACUUGUGAGAGUUUCCACACAGGAUAUCAGGUCUGCUUAUCAUCCAUUAGUGAUUGUUUGUGACAGAUCCAGGCCGGAGUUCCUUGUUGGGUGACCCACACUCCUUGACAGGGGCCAUGGAGGAGGAGGGGCAGCAGAGCUUGGAGUGUAUCCAGGCCAAUCAGAUCUUCCCCAAGAAGUCCCCCGUCCUGGAGGAGGAAAACAUGCAGGUGCCCUUUCCUGAGCUGCACGGGGAGUUCACAGAAUAUGUGGGGAGAGCAGAGGAUGCCAUUAUUGCAAUGUCCAACUACCGCUUACACAUAAAGUUCAAAAAGUCAGUUGUCAAUGUUCCUCUUCAGCUCAUUGAGUGUGUGGAGUGUAGAGAGAUGUUCCAGCUUCAUGUCACCUGUAAGGAUUGUAAAGUCAUCAGAUGUCAGAUCUCCACCUUUGAGCAGUGCCAGGAAUGGUUGAAACGUCUGAACACAGCAGUGAGGCCUCCGUCUCGCUUGGAAGACCUCUUUGCCUUUGCCUUCCACGCCUGGUGCAUGGAGGUGUACGCAGGAGAGAAAGAGCAGCAUGGCGAGCUGUGCAGACCAGGUGAACAUGUGACCUCAUGGUUCAAGAAUGAGGUGGAGAGGAUGGGCUUUGACACUCAAAAUGCUUGGAGGAUAUCUGAUAUCAACAGCAAGUUCAGGCUUUGCCCCAGCUAUCCUCAGCAACUCCUAGUGCCAGCCUGGAUUACUGACAAAGAGCUAGAAAAUGUGGCAGCCUUCCGCUCCUGGAAGAGGUUUCCUGCUGUAGUUUACAGGCAUACAACUACUGGGGCUGUAAUUGCCCGCUGUGGCCAGCCAGAGGUCAGCUGGUGGGGCUGGAGGAACGCUGAUGAUGAGCACCUGGUUCAGUCCAUUGCCAAGGCCUGUGCCGUGGACAGCAGCUCCCAAAAACAUGUUCCCAACGGUAGCUACACCAAUAGCUCAGACCUGCCUGACACUGAUUUUGAAUCCUCCAUGACCAACAGCUCAGAGGUGGAGACACUGGCCAGCCAACCUCAGAAGUUACUGAUCUUAGAUGCCAGGUCCUAUGCAGCUGCUGUAGCUAACAGGGCCAAAGGUGGAGGCUGUGAAUGCCCAGAAUACUAUCCCAACUGCGAGGUGGUUUUCAUGGGAAUGGCUAACAUCCACUCCAUUCGCAAGAGUUUCCAGUCUCUACGAUUCCUCUGCACUCAGAUGCCUGACCCAGCCAACUGGCUUUCUGCACUUGAGGGCACAAAGUGGUUGCAACACCUGUCCCUGCUACUGAAGGCAGCUCUGCUGGUGGUCAACGCUGUGAACAGAGACCACAGGCCUGUUCUUGUGCACUGCUCUGAUGGCUGGGACCGCACACCACAGAUUGUUGCUUUGUCCAAGCUACUGCUGGACCCUUACUACCGCACUAUUGAGGGCUUCCAAGUUUUGGUGGAGACAGAAUGGCUGGACUUCGGCCACAAGUUUGCUGACCGAUGUGGCCAUGGAGAAAAUUCAGAGGACCUGAAUGAGCGCUGCCCUGUUUUCUUGCAGUGGCUGGACUGUGUUCACCAACUGCAGAGGCAGUUUCCAUGCUCAUUUGAGUUCAAUGAAGCCUUCCUGGUGAAACUGGUGCAGCACACCUACUCCUGCCUCUUCGGUACUUUCCUGUGUAACAGCGGCAAGGACAGGGAGGAUCGUCACGUUCAGGAGAGGACCUGCUCGGUCUGGUCACUCCUGAGGCCAGCCAACCGCUCUCUGAGGAACAUGCUCUACUCCUCACACUCCGAAAUUCUCUUGUUUCAGGUUCUCCAUCCAGUGUGUCAUGUACGGAAUUUGAUGCUGUGGACGGCCGUCUAUCUGCCCAGCUCCUCCCCUACCACUCCUUCCGAUGAUUCCUGCGCUCCCUACCCAGUGCCCGGUGCCAACCCGGAAGAUGCACCCCUGGGCAGGCGAACAAAGACGCGCUCCUUUGACAACUUGCCUAGUGCGUGUGAGCUGGGAAGCUCACUGGCUCCCAACCGUCGCUCCAGUGACCCAAGCCUGAAUGAGAAGUGGCAGGACCACCGGCGGUCUCUGGAGCUCAAUGUGGCAGUGGGGCCUGAAGGAGGGGAGAACCAGGAUGAGGUGCAGCCAUAUCAUGACAGACUGGGCUCUGAGAUGGAUCACAGCAAGCAGCAAUCCCAGGGCUCAAAUACUGAACGUAGAGAAGAGUCUUCUGUGAACCCAGCAGAAGAUACAGCGGAGGAGGCAGAGCUCUCUGUGGCAGUGGGUGUGGCUGAGGGACAAAUGGUGAACAUUCUUCAGGAAGCCACAAAGGAGGAGGCAGGAUGCGACGUGCCAAGAGAGGACCAUGCUGAUACUGCUCAGGUUUUUAAUGCUGUAGACCAGGAGGUGGAUGGACAUGUAGAGCAGCAUCAGAUGGUGGAUGUCAGUGAGACUGUCAUGAAGAGAGACAUGUUUGCUAAUGGUCAGCUCCCAGAAAAUGGUGAGAUGAAGGCUCAGGAGAACGGUGACUCUUUUUCUGUGCCCACACAAGAGGAAGAGGAAGAGGAUCAACAGGAAGCAAAUGCGUCUCAGAGAACUGAGGACUUGGUGACGGAGAAUGUAGAGGAAUCUUCUGUACAAGAAGAACUUGCGCAUGUACCGAAGGAGUGUAGCACAGGUCAGCCAGAAGAGCCUGCAGCUCAUAGAACUAUAAAUAGUGACUUAAUGUAUAGGUCACCUGAAAAACAAGGCUUAGAUGAGAGAAGCUGCCCUGACUCUGAAUCUGACCACAGUGUCCCUGAGUCAGUGGAGUUGGUAGAUAAAAGGACCUCCUUGAUGGAAAGCUCCACAGAGACUUUAACUGAAGAGGUCUGUGGCAGGGUGGAGCUCCCUGUGCAGCCACCUGUUGGUUUAAACCAUCACCUCAUGAGUGAUGGCAGGAGCCCAGUUCCCUCUUCCAAGAAAGAGAAGGGGCUGGAGACUAGUGAGCAUGGCUUGAUCAGAACUUUAAGCGAGGGCAGCAAGCGGCCCUCUGUCAGUGCCUUUCAGUCAGUUCGUGCUGACCUUAGCAGGGAUGGACUUUGUAAUGGGGACAACUCCGAAGGGGAGCCAAGUGGAGCACCUUACUGGGCCAAAGGGAAUGUGGAGAGGGCCCCUUUGAGCCGUCAGGUAUCCAUAGCAAGCUGCAACUCUCUGAUCCUCCACCCACGAGGCAGCUGCUCUCAGCACCGCUGGUGUCACGCCUUGCUAGGCCGGGUCACCAUGAGCCCUGAGCAGCCAACUCGCAGCCAUCUGGAUGACGAUGGGCUGACGCUGCACAAUGAUGCUAUCCAGCAAAGACUGAGGCAGAUUGAAGCGGGGCACCAGAUGGAGGUGGAGACUCUGAAGAAGCAAGUCCAGGAGCUCUGGAGCCGCCUGGAGAGUCAACAGCACAUUAUCUCCCACCGGAUCAACGGAGACAUUGGAGAUGAAGUGACCUCAAUGACGGACUCUGAGUACAACUUGGACCCAAACUGUUUGUCGCGCUGCAGCACAGAGCUCUUCUCUGAGGCCAGCUGGGAGCAGGUGGACAAGCAGGACACUGAGGUCACCCGCUGGUACCCUGAUCAUUUGGCAGCCCAGUGUUAUGGCUGUGAAAGCAGGUUCUGGCUUGCUACCAGGAAACAUCACUGCAGUGGCAGGGAGCCUGUUCAGGAGGUCUGGAACUGCGGUAACGUGUUCUGUGCCAGCUGUUGCGACCAGAGGAUCCCAGUGCCAAGCCAGCAGCUGUUUGAGCCCAGUCGCGUCUGUAAGACCUGCUACAGCAAUCUCCAGCAUGGCUCAGCUACCCUGGAGCUGGAGAAGCCCAUUACAGCCAGCUCCAACUGAGGUACAGAGGACCAGGACAGACGGGAGUCGGGCUGAGCUGCAAGUCGCUGAUGCGGAAGCACUGCUGAAGAGCACAGGAGCUAAAGAAUGUCCCACCAACUUUGUGAGUGCUGCUGCACUUUGGAGUGUGAGUGUAUGUGUGAAAGAGAAGCUGAGUGGCAUGUUGGUGAGAUGGGACUGCGCACAAAGGAAUGAAACUGGACAUCCUGGUGCCUUGGACCAGGCAGGCAGAGGACGUUGUCUCACUAUAUUUGCUGAAGUCUCCUGGAGGACUUUGGUCUGUGAAAGAUUCUCCUGAAGAUCCUGAAAAAAAAAUCAUAAAGGUUUCUCAUCUCCUAGCCUGGAGCAUGGACUCAUCUCUGCAGGGUGUUUUGACAUCCUGGCAAUCACGAGACUGUCUCUCAGCAUUGGAAAUAUCCACAUAGCAAGCCAGUGUCUCAGUGAAAGAUUAAAGGAACAAUUCAUCCAGAUCACCAGAGGAGAUUGUAGUCAUAUUCCCUCACUUCCUAUGGUACCAACAAUCCAGCAAAAUUUAUUAUGAUUCGACCUUAUCUGAGAUUUCUGCUCCCAAUUAGUCUGCAGGUCAUGUUAUCAGUUCAGCAUAUUUUUGUGUAACUUGUUUAUGCUGUAAGGUUGGGCUGUUUUUACCAGAGAACUUGGUUACAUAUUCAAACAGUCGAAAAUAAAACCUAAACCCUUUUAUAUCUGAAUACAUGUAACAAGCAAAUUUGAGAAGCCUGAUCCAGUGUGAGAUUCAUCCCCCAAUCAAACUAUCAACUUUGCAAUGCUACACUUGCAGGUAUGAUUUCCACAUUAAAAUAAGACUGAUCUGACUGAGAGGCACAUACCCAUUGAACCUGUUACACUUUAGAAUUGUCCUAAAAGUGCAGGAAACUAGUUUCUAAAAUUACUAAUACUUCCGGCUAUGUAGCUCAGAAUCUCGUUUAAAAAUGCUGCUUUCUAAUGGUAAUGACUUGAUAACAUGACCGCAGACUGAUCAGUUAGUAAUAAACUACAUGAAGUCCUCUGUGG